CUCCAUCUUUCUCAUAAUGUCAGUGUCUCUUGCAAGGAUCAGCUGUCAUGAAGUGCGCCUCGUGCCGCAACGGAUAUGUCGUCGGGCAUUCUUGAACAUCAGACAUAACUCAAACACAGUGGUCUCCGAGGCAGAACAGCAGAACUUGACCUGGCCAGAAUACUUGGAGAUUCGCAAAAGUAAACGAAAAUGGGAAACUGCUGCUACCAUUCCGGCAUGUAUUCUCGGGUUAAUGGGAGGACUUGCGUACUUUGGUUCUCUGGAGUCAGACUCGACGAAGCCUAUCAUGGGGUUAGAUCCGUUAUUUUUCUACAGCGGUUGCACGGUCUCAUGCAUGGGGCUCGGAUACCUCAUUGGCCCCGCUAUCGGGGCUGCGGGUUGGAGAAUGACUCACCGUCGCGCAAUGAACCUCAUUGAAGCCAAAGACCGCAGAUUUCACCAACACAUAGUAAAGAAUCGCGUAGAUCCCACAGCUCAAAGUGCCACGAACCCCGUGCCGGAUUUCUAUGGAGAAAAAAUUGGAUCUCUCCACCAAUAUCGACAGUGGUUGCGUGACCAAGCUAGGUUUAGACGGAAAGCACGGUUUGCGGAGGAAUGAGAUGUUUGUUCUAAGACUGCUAAGUAACUUCGCACCUUACCCUCCAUAAUUGACAUAUCUUUGGCAAAUCGCAUUUGGAUAGUAAAUACAUAUUUACCAUGCUUCGUCCUCUCCUCCCAGUCUCAAGAGUUUUGCUGGAGUCCAGUAAACAAGUCACUGACCAUCUAAUAAAUUAAGGGUUACAUAAAAAGGAGUGGAAU